GGCGGGAGACCGCAGUCGCUCAUCGUCCAUCUUAAUCUCGAAUUCAUAUUUCAUCCGAGUGGCAUCUGUCAGGCACUUGCAAAGGAACAACAACAUUGAAUAAAAACGAGUGCACGAAUAAUCAUCGCGAAGUGAUGAAUUGCCGCUGUUCCAACUGAAUUAUCAGGACGUGAUUGAUAAUUUUCAGUGAAUUGGGAAUAUACAGAGUACUGUGGGAAGCUGAUAUCUGGAAAGUGGGCAACUGCCUCGUGAUGAUAGUAUCGUGCACUGUGGGAACCAGUUGUUCUCAAGUUGGAUAGCGUGAGCCGCUGAAUCGAGGCGCUAAAUUAACCAGAAUCAUCAACACUAUGGAAUAUGUGAGAUGCGAUCGUGCUGCAAUUCAAGGAUACGUCAAACGCCGUUUUCCAGUUAUCGACUGGUUACUAGUGUACAAGCCAUCAUGGCUACUACAAGAUAUUCUCGCGGGUAUUACAGUGGGCCUCACUGCCAUCCCCCAGGGAAUCGCUUACGGUAUUGUAGCCGGCUUGAAUCCUGAGUAUGGACUCUAUGCAGGAUUUAUGGGCCCUUUCAUCUAUAUAUUGUUCGGGUCAUGCCACAAUAUAACAAUCGGACCAACAGCUAUAAUGGCACUAAUGGUACAGCCCCUCGUUUUUAACUACGGACCAGACAUGGCAGUUCUAAUUUGUUUCCUCAAGGGAUGCAUUAUCGCUCUCCUCGGGGUCUUUCAUUUAGGUUUCCUCCUGGACUUCAUUUCCAUACCAGUCAUUACAGGUUUUACUUCAGCUGCGGCAAUUAACAUCGCUUCAUCUCAAUUUAAAUCGCUCCUUGGUAUCCCUGGCAGAAGUGAGAGCCUCGUUGAAGCACUCAAAGGAAUUUUUACUAAUUUAAACAAAAUCAAUUAUUGGGAUUUUGUUCUUGGAAUUUGCACAAUUGCUCUCCUCGUUUUGCUCAAGCACAUCCCAUCGAAACGCAAGGGAACGCGCCUCGAGCAGGCCGGAUGGAUUGUCACACUCUCUCGAAAUGCCCUAGUCGUUAUUUUAGGCACAGUCAUGGCCUACCUAUUCCACAUCAACGGAAUGGAGCCCUUCCACCUCACCGGAUCGCUGGGCAAUGGGCUGCCCCCGUUCUCGCUGCCGCCGUUCUCAACUACAUUCAACAAUAAAACCUCCAAUUUCGUUGAGAUGACAACGAAUAUGGGAACAACUCUCCUCACUAUGCCAAUUAUUUCCACGAUAGAGCACAUUGCUAUUGCCAAAGCUUUCGCUAUGGGUAAGCCUCUUGAUGCCACGCAGGAAAUGUUGGCCCUUGGGAUUUGCAAUAUAUUUGGAUCGUUUGUCAGAUCAAUGCCAGUGACGGGAUCCUUUACGAGAACCGCUGUGAACCAUGCGUCGGGUGUUAGGACACCACUCGGUGGAUUAUUCACUGGAGCUCUGGUGCUCUUAGCGGCGGGAUUCCUCACUUCCUGCUUCAGAUACAUUCCCAAAGCCACACUGGCUGGUGUAAUAAUAUGCGCAAUGUACUACAUGCUCGACUUCGGAGCUUACCGCCUCCUCUGGCAGGCCAAAAAGGUGGACUUCCUGACGAUGAUAAUCACUCUCAUCGCGUGUGUCUUCCUCGGUCUUGAGUUGGGAAUUCUCAUCGGAAUCUUAACGAAUUUCGUUGUCCUAUUUUAUUUCUCGGCACGACCCGAUAUUCGAAUUGAAAUUGAACAGAUCGAAGGACGUCCCGUUGUUUACGUCACCCCUGAGGAGGCAGUGACGUUCCCGGCGGCGGAAAAUCUUCGUGCAAAUAUAAUGAGGCUCUCGUUGGAGAGCAUCGGUAACGUGAUACUCGACUGCAAGAACUUGAAACGAAUCGACGUAACUGUUGCCAAGAAUAUAAAACUACUGGCUCAAGACCUAUUGCUACGGGGCCAAGAGCUUAUUUAUGUGAAUGCGACAGAAGAUGUGAAUCGCGUACUUAAUACGGUCGCACCGGAAGUCUCGUGCACCUUCAAAAUCGAUAUCCAGUAACAAAUUCUACAAUAGUUUCUCAAAUGUGACUUCACGUGAGUCGAAAGGGACAUCAGAGUUGCCACAGGUUCACCACAAAAGUUGCACUCGAACUGCGGAAUCUUGCGCACCUCCUGGAGCAAAAAAUUAUAACAAUUUCCUUCGACGUCUUAAUAAACAAUUCAAUAUUACUUACCGUCAGACCGGGAUAUUCCUCGGGGGCUGGGUUUUUCUGAGAGGUAAGCCAUCUCUCCCCGGGCAACUGUAGAGGAAUAGUAGAGAAACAACGUGAAUACCCGUUGUAUUAUGAGAAGAUACUGCGACACGAAGAAAUCUCAUGAAAUUAUGAGAAGGUAAAAAUUCCGGCAACUUUUAUCUCCUCUCCCCGGGCUUAUUUUUCAGUCAGCGAAAAAAAAAAUUAUUUACAUGCGCUUCAUACCCGUUUUAUUGCGUAUAUGAAAUCCUUCUUCAACAUUCUUUCGCUGAUAAUGCGAUUGCAACGUAAAUUGUACUUUGUCCCGUAAUUGUCCAUUCUGCACCAACUGCAUGCGAAAAAAAAAAUCACCAACCGAUGAAUUUCGUCUGUUUUCACAAUGGGAUAACUUCAUGGCCCUAAUGAAAUAAAGGAUUGCCUCGUUCUUGUUAAUAAUUAUUAUGAAAAUUAUUUAUUUGUCUUAUUCAAGUACAUUCCACCUUACAAUAAUUCUGUAUACUUUUAUCAACUGAAGAAAAGAGCGUGAUGAGAGAAAGAUGAAAGUUAGAAUUUAAAAUAAAGAACAGUGGACCGCGGUUCUUAUACUCAACUUAUCAGUCAAUAAGUUGAGUAUGAGAAACCGAAAGAAAUAAAAAUCAAUGAACAACCUGCUGUCAUUUCUCAUCCCUUUGUUCUACAUUUAAUUGCAUAAAAAAAUGUUAAUCAUUACUCUAAAUAAAUUCGAUUCAACUAUAAA